GGAAAAAAUUAAGCCAAAGUCAAAGUCACUGGCGGAGGUGGAAGAAGACUCAGGCAUUGAUGGCGUCUUAGUGGUUGGGCGUGCGUUCAAUCUUUUCCGUAAAUUCAUGACUUAGGGGCGGAAAUCUCGUCCAACACACAACACAAUGGCAUCCUCUUGGGAGAGUUUCAUCGCGUCCUCCACAACCCCAAGCCAGACAGCUGCCCCGUCACCCAGCCCCGGCCCUGCCCCACCAGCCCCCACCCCUACACAGACCCCAAACCCCGCCCCACAGCAGUACCCCCCACAGGAGGCCCACUACCAGUACCCCAAGCAGUAUCCGGGGCUGAGGUUGCCCGCCAAACACAGCCGUCGCGGGGCAAGGACCAACCACGCCAGCUCCACAAACUCCAGUUGGGGGCCCUCCGGUGGGGGUUUCCGGGGGUCCUGGGGUAUCUGGGGGUGCGGGGGUGUCUGGGGCAGGGGCUGGGGUGUCCGGGGCGGGGCUAGCCGGGGUGCAGGAAACAGAUUUGCCCCCAGAGAUGCUUGCAGUUGGUUGGCGGAAAUUUUGGAGCAAACGGGAGCAGAGAGUGUAUUUCUGGAACCGCGCCACAGGGGAGAGCCUCUGGGACAUGCCCGGGGCCUCAGCAGGACACGGCCAGCCCCCCGGGGUCAGCUCAGGUCACCCCCACCCCCACCCCAAUUUUGACCCCAUCAGUGACCCCCUGGGCAUACAGAACCCAGCCAAUGGGGGGGGAGGGGCACCCACCACCGCCACCACCACCACCACCACCACCGCCACCACCCCCACACCCAGCACAAUGAACCCCCAGAACAGCACAACAGCCCCAGCCCCCCCUGGCCCUGUGCCUGGGGGGGGCGUUGGAGGGGGCGGCACCCCCAUAUCGCCCACAGCUGCCCCGGUCUUGUCUGGGGUGAAGAGGAGAGCAUCAGAGGAGGCUGCCGGCGCCCCGGCCAAGAAGUUUGUCCUGGCGGGACCUUGGGAUUUGGAGCUGCCAACAAAUGUGAUAAUGUUCGAGCGACCUCCCAUCACUCUGCCGCAGCCGUACCCCAGUGUGGAGGUUCUGCGCGGCCAGCUCGUCAACAAACUGCGACUCGGGUACCAGGAGAUGUCCCAGGCCAGGCAAGGGAUCGACGCCCCCCGAGACUCGUUUAGCCGUUGGUUGAUGGAGCGGAAGGUGGUGGACCAUGGCUGGGACCCCCUCCUGCCGUCCCAGUGCUUCCCAGAGGUCAGCCAGUCCAUGUACCGAGAGAUUAUGAACGACAUUCCCAUCAAAUUGGAACGUCCGACUUUUACCGGGAAGGCUCGGAAACAGCUCUCCAAGUAUGCCGAGGCUGCCAAACGCAUGAUAGAGACUAGCCGGAAUGCCAGCCAGGAAAGCCGCAAAAUAGUGAAGUGGAAUGUAGAAGACACCUUCCAGUGGCUGAGACGGACCGUAGGGGCCACUUUUGAUGACUACAUGGACCGUCUCGCUCACCUCAAGAGACAGUGCCAGCCUCACCUUACAGAAGCAGCAAAGCAGAGCGUGGAGGGAAUAUGCACUAAGAUUUACAACCUUUCUGUCGAACACGCCAAAAAGAUCCGAGAAAAACACCUUCAGAUCUUAGAGGAGAAUAACAUCCGAGAGGUCGGAGUGCCCCCCGUGAGUGGCCUGCGGAAGGUUUGGUGUUACCCUGUGCAGUUCACCACGCCAUCACCACGGCCACCACCAAUAGACUUUAUGCAGGACAAGGACACAACUUGCCUGGGGUUCAACGGAGGACUGCGAAUUAACACCCCCUAUUUCCACAAGCUGGAGCAGCUGUACCGUUACAACUGUUUUGACGACCGCAAGUUUGAGCUGUUCCUGCCGAGGGUGUGGUGUCUCCUCAAACGCUACCAAUCACUGCUGGGCACCAAUCCAAACGAGGGCCACACCACCCAGUGCGGACUGCCUACUACAGUAAUGGAAUGUCUCAACAAACAUUUCAGUGUGACUUUCGAAUGUUUUGCCUCUCCGCUAAAUUGUUACUUCCGGCAAUACUGCUCAGCCUUCCCCGACACCGACUCUUACUUCGGCUCCAGAGGGCCAAUACUAGACUUCAAGCCAGUGUGUGGGUCAUUCGAAGCUAAUCCUCCGUUCUGUGAGGAACUAAUGGAGGCGAUGGUCCGGCAUUUUGAGAAGCUCUUGUCGGAGUCUCACGAACCACUCUCCUUCAUUGUCUUUGUCCCAGAGUGGAGGGAGCCCGCCCCCUCCGCCCUUCUCCACCUCGAGGCCUCCAGGUUCAACAGGAAGCAGAUUGUGUUGCUUCCGUUUGAGCACGAAUACCGACAUGGAUUCCAACACUUCAUUUCUAAGUCCGAGAUGGUGUUGAAGAGCGGACACGGGACAGUGGCAGUGUGGCUUCAAAAUGACUCCGGAUUCGCGCGCUGGGGUCCCUCUCCCGAAAAGGUCGAUGCUCUUUUAGAAGCCUUUAGACCAGGCAAGGAGCGGGAUAGGGACCGCCAGGAGAUGCUGUCCCCGCCCCGGAGAGACCCCCCCGCAGAAGCCCCGCCCCCGUACGUCGAGGUGAAGCCCCAAAUCGGCCCCGUCGCCCCACAAACACACAUGGGGCAGCCCGCUAACGUGCCAGUGACGGUCGGGGCAGUUGUCACGGCAUCUGGGGCUGUUUCCGGGGCUGUGGGGGCUGUGGGUGGUGUCCCGGCUGUCUCCCCGGCACAGCAGCAGCAGCAGCAGCAGACACAAGCAGCCACGACCACCACAGCAACAGCCACGACGAUAUAAAGCUGUUUUUCUGCAUUUUUGUUUCGACAUUCUCGUUUUUAUGAGUUUAAACACAUUUUAAUUGUUUUUUUAUGUUUUCUAAAUGUUUGUGUUUUUUUUUUUAAUUUCUAGUGUUUUUGUGUGUUUUUUUCAUUAUUUUUUGUGUUUUUGCGAGGUUGGGUGCGUGCAAGGGGGUUGGUAGCCUGUAAACAGUGCUAUAUUUGACCUACAUAGAUAUACAUAGCCUAUAUAAAUAUAUGCAUAUAUAUAUAUUUUUUUUAAUUGUGAGAAAGAAAAAAAGAGAUUGGAUAGCUUAUGUACAAAGUCUCUCUCUCUCUCUCU